AUGACAGAAGUUAAUGAUGUUGCCUCUGUAAACAUUAACAUCGGAAUUCUAGGUCAUGUAGACAGUGGAAAGACAUCGCUUGCACGCGCGCUUUCAUCAACUGCUUCAACAGCAGCAUUUGACAAGAGUCCUGAGAGUCAGCGCCGAGGCAUAACACUCGACCUUGGCUUUAGCGCCACUUGCGUUCCUACGGAGGGCAUUGCGCCGGAUUUGUUUAACGCUGGUAUUCAACAGGUCCAAUGUACUUUUGUUGAUUGCCCCGGACACGCAUCGCUCAUUCGUACUGUAUUGGGAGGGGCGCAAAUUAUAGACAUGAUGAUUCUUGUCAUUGAUGCUUGCAAGGGUAUACAGACGCAGACAGCGGAGUGCAUAGUGAUUGGCGAGGUCCUGUGCAAACCACUCGUCCUUGUGAUCAACAAAGUUGACGCUAUCCAGGGGUCUACGAGCGAAGAGAAGCGGGCAGCAAUCGAUAAACUGCGGAAGCGCCUGCAAAAGACAUUCGAACGAACCAGAUGGCCAUCUGUGGCGAUGGUUGAGGUCGCUGCCGCACCGCGUCGCGAAGAGUCGGGUGGUACAACGUGUGAGGGCUGUAUGAUGAGUCCAAUCAACGUGGAGAAGGUGUUACCGGCCGUCCUGAGCCUUGUCGACGCGGAUACGAUCAAAAGAAAUAAGGAAGCUCCGUUGAGGCCGGAGGACUUUGUGAUGAUGGUUGACCACUGCUUUGCAUUGAAAGGCCAAGGUACCGUGUUCACCGGCACCAUUCUCCGCGGACAGGUAAGCGUAGGGGACAGCGUUGUCAUUCCUGAGUCUCAUGUGGUAAAGAAAGUGAAGGGGUUGCAAGUGUUCCGCAAGCCCGUGCAGAUGGCCCGCCGUGGUGACCGCGUUGGACUCUCUGUUGUACAGUUUGAUGCUGAAGGAAUGGAGCGCGGUUUGCUUUGUAGUGCGCUGCAGCAGCAACAGCGGCAGCGGAGCCGCGCAGACCAGGCGGUUCAUCCUGUGCCAGUGUUUGAAAGUGCCUCUGUGAUGGUUGCGGAGGUUAGUCGUGUUCGGUUCCAUCAGCUGCCGUGCAACGUGCACACCAAGUUUCAUAUAAACAUUGGUCACUCUACGGUGAUGGGAACCAUGCGGUUUUUCAGUCGCCCGACUGUUUGCCUCCCCAGCGACUCGCAAGCUGGGGAGGAAUUAGCGGAGGAGCCCCCUUUCGACCUAAUGCAAGAAAGUCAGUACGUGGAGGAGUUGGGUGAGGAGGCGUUCAUCACGUUUGAAUGCCCUUCCGAAGACAAGCAUCGGUGGCCCGGCCGACCCAUCGCUGUCAAGCGUGGGCCGUUGACAUAUUUCGCCAUCGUACUGCUUGAGAAACCCAUCUUGGCAGCUAUUGGGACCCCACUAAUAGCGGCCCGACUUGACGUGGAACGAGAAAACAUGUGCCGGAUAGCACUCGCGGGGCGCGUCCGUGCGCUUCUGCAUGAUGAUAAAGACGAUGCCGUGAUGUGGCGGUCGAUGCCCAUCGUUCGAUACAAGUCCCGGUCGUUAGUAGUGGAACGCGUGGUGAGUGACAGGUCGUGUAUUGCCAGUGGCGUCGUUACUUCGGAGAUGCAUGAGGCUAGGAGCGGUGGUGGUAUGAGCACCAAUAAGAAGGAGAGGGAUACGAAAGUUAAGGAUGCACUUCAUGCUGAGGUACAGAAAUUCAUUGGGCUUACGGUUUACUUUCGGCCAACGAGCGGGGAUGAUGGAUGCUGCGUUAAUGAGAACGGGCCGGGGGGCUUAAGGGAAGGCAUCAUUGACUCCGCGUUCGGCAAGACGGGGAAGGUGAAACUGGUAUUCAAGGAACCCGUAUUCGCUGUGGACGACCGAGGGGCGGAAGCCGGUAAAGGAAAGCGAAACGAAGUGAUCUUCCUUUCUGAGGGCGUUGUGGAGCUCACGCUGAAAAAAUACCCACUUGCACUCCACAGUCAGCUUCAGCAGUAG